ACAAACAUAAGGUGUGAAGAGUUAACGGUGAGAGUUUGCGAGUUACAUACGACAUUCUGUACGUGCGUUAACAUUUUUGGCGUUUCGGUUAGGUUAGAUGCAAUUUGAGACCCAUUUAUAUGUGACUGCCGUGUUUGAAACAGGCUGCACAGCUUAACAACAUGAUUUAUGACCAGUGACCACGCAUGGUAGGUUUUCUGAGUCCACCAUGCCGUAUCUGGGUAGCGAGGACGUCGUGAGGGACCUGAGGAGAGCUCUGUCCAACCCCCACGUCCAGUCUGACCAGCUGCGUUACAGGAACGCCACUCUACAAGUCAUCAGACUUAUGUCACAGGGUGUAGAUGUAUCCAGCCUGUUCAGUGAGAUGGUCAAAGCAUGUGCCACAGUAGACAUUGUCCAGAAGAAACUGGUCUACGUCUUCUUGUGCUCCUAUGCUUCUAUGAAUCCUGAGUUGUCUCUGCUGGUCAUCAACACACUGAGGAAGGACUGCCAGGAUCCAAACCCGAUGGUCCGCAGCCUGGCCUUAAGGAACAUGACCAACUUGAGGUUGCCCAGUUUGGUGGAAUAUGUGGAACAGCCUCUCACAGCAGGACUGAGGGACAGAGCGGCUUGUGUGCGGCGGGUUGCUGUGCUAGGCUGGGCCAAAUUGAACAAUCUCCAACCGAAUUCUGGAAUGGAUGCUAUGGUGGUGAAUGAGCUGUACAGCCUUCUCAGGGACCCAGAUCCUGUAGUGAUGGUGAAUUGCCUUCGAGCUCUCGAGGAGAUCCUUAAGGAGGAAGGAGGGGUUGCUAUCAACAAACCCAUCGCUCAUCACCUCCUCAACAGGCUGAAGGAAUGUGAUGUAUGGGGUCAGGGCGAGGUGCUUAAGAUACUCCAGCGCUACCAACCUCAGUCCGAGGAUGAGCUCUAUGACAUCCUCUCCCUGCUGGACGCCUCCUUGGUCAGCCCACACUUGCCAGUCAUGGCCUCCACGCUGAGCCUCUUCCUGAGCUUGUGCUCAACCUUGCCUGCAGUCAGCCUGGCGGCCUUGGAACGAGUACGGGUUCCCCUGCUGGCCGCCUGUGGGAGUGCUUCCAGAGAGAUCAGGUUCACUGUGCUCUGCCACAUCCAGUUGCUGCUGCGGUCUGUCCCUGGCCUGAUGGGGGCACACUACAAACGUUUCUUCUGUGGCUAUGCUGAGCCUGCCUAUAUCAAGCAGAGGAAGAUGCAGGUGCUGGUAGAGCUGGUAAAUGAUGAUAACGUUGCAAUGUUACUGGAUGAACUGAAAGAAUACUGCACUGAUGUCAACACAGACACUUCGUAUGCUGCAAUAUCAGCUAUUGGUCGUAUUGGGUGGAGCUACAGCGACAGAUCUCUAGUGAUUCUCACUGGACUGCUGCGGCUUAAACAAGAGAGCAUCACGUCAGCUGUGGUGCAGACAAUGCAGGACCUAAUCUGGGUGUGUCCUCAGUGCAGCGAAACUGUGUGUUCUGCUCUGGAGGGGUGUGAGGAGAUAUUGCAGGACAGCCAGGGCAAGCAGGCCUUGCUCUGGUUGCUGGGAACAUAUGGCGAUAGAAUUUGCAGUGCGCCCUACACGCUGGAGGUGUUCAUUGACAGAGUAAGGUGUGAAACCUGUCUGGCAGUCAAAAUGGAGCUACUAACUGCCACCUUGAGGUUGUUUUUGUGCCGUCCCGCUGAGACUCAGGACAUGCUCGGAAGACUGCUGCAUUACAGCAUAGGCGAACAGACAAACAUGUGCGUACGAGAUCAGGCACUUCUUUACUACCGCCUUUUGAAAUGUGGAGUUGACGAGACACGCAAGGUGCUCCAGGGUCGGAGGUCAGACCCCUCCCUUGGUGUUCUUAUUGGACGUCCCGCAGAGCCUAUGAGUCAGUGGGCUCACAUCUUCAACACACUGAAGCCUCUCUGGCAGAGCACCUCAGAGACAGAAUCAGUAAACACCAGAAGCUUUCAACACACAGCAUUUGACCCCAGCCCUGAACUCUCAGACACCCUGAACUCUUGUCAAUUUGAAAGUGUUCAUACAGAGAAUGGCAGUGAGCACACACAAUCGCCUGCAGACGCCCUGUCAACCAGCACUAUCGUCCCUCUCAGCUUGCUUCCGACGUUAACUCCAGGAGAGUUUGAGCGUCUGUGGCUCCAAGACGGGGCUUUCGUGUCAUCUGAGGCCAAUUCAGAAAGAGCACAAAAACUGCAAUUAGGUGCUGAGCAUGCUGAGGAAGAGGAGAAUGGUGUUUGUAUGACCGAACAUGUCCAGUGUCGCUGUGUCACUCAGUCUUCGCCACAAAGCUUUCAGGCUGCAAUGCAGCUGGUGAACAUCCAGACACUGGCCUUUACGCCACCUCACGUAUUCCCCUGGAGGGUCUACUUGUACACGCACACUGAAGCACCUCCCUGCAGCACACUCAUACUGGGAGAGUUACUUUAUACUAGAAAGGGAAAUGAGGAGGAAGGUACACAGGACGGCACCAGAGAUGGUGAGAAUGCAAAUAAAACAGUGGUGGGAGGAGAAACAGAGGGACAGGCAAAUCAUGAAGAUGCAUUAGGAAGGAGGAACAGCAGUGAGUUGGCGACGGACAAUGGACAAAUAGCAGAAGUAAAAGUGACUCUAAAGCAACAACCAAGAGAUGACAAAGCUCUGAGGGGUUUUCUGGCCAUACUCACCACUGUACUGCAUACACUGUCUCCAGAGAGAGAAUGAAUGUGCAGCACAGUGGAUGGGAGGUUGGCACAACACAAAGGUUGAGUGUAAAUUUUUGUGCUUUCUGUGUGGAUUUUGCAUGUUCUUCCUGUGCUUGUGUGGGUUCUCCAGGUACCGUGUCUUCCUCCCUAAACAUUUACUGUAUGAAAUGUUAAUUGAAGACUCUUGUAGCUGUGGGUGGUUGUCGCUCUCUGUGUCUGUCCUGCGAUUGACUUGUGAUCAUGUCAAAGAUGUGCCCCACCGCUAAUCCUCUAGUCAACUGCAAUAGCUUGUUGAUUACAUUUGCCCAGCUUUAACAAUAAAACUUUCAGCCAUCCAUCCCUUUUCUAUAGCGCUUGUCCUCUUGAAGCCCAUCGAGGCUGGCUUGAGCUAAGUGUCGGGUUACACUCCGGACUGGUCAGCUAAUCAUAGGGCCCAACUAUUCACACUUACGUUCACACCUAUGGAGGCUUUAGAGCAGACGUGUCAAACUCAAGGCCCGGGGGCCAGAUGCGGUCCGCCACAUCAUUUUAUGUGGCCCGCGAAAGCAAAUCAUGCUCGUCGAUUUUUGUUAAAAUCUGUACCCAAAUUCCAAAUUGUCAUCAUAAUAAACAAUAAUGUUGAGAGAUUGCAUUUUUCUGUUACCAAACCCUUCUUCUACAGUAACUUAAACAAUCUAUUAUCCUUGUCUUCUGAUUUCAAAACUAGUUAUCCCUCAAUUUGUUGUGUAAUGGUAAUAAUAUGAAUAGGUGAUUAAACAUUUAUAUGGUAUCACUGUUCUAAUUGCCCUCUGAGGUAAAUCAGAACUACAUUGUGGCCCGAGACAAAAAUGAGUUUGACACCCCUGUUUUAGAGUCUUAAGUGGAUCUAACAUGCAUAUUUUUGGAAUGGUGGAUAAAGCCAAAGUAACCACAAAAAAAGCCAUGCAAACUCCACACAGGAAUGCUGGAGCCAAGAUUGAAAUGCAGGACCUAGAGCUGUAUGGCAGACAUUAAACACCAUGCUGUCAAAAUUAAAAUCUUAAAAAACAAAAAAAGCUUCAAAAGCAACACUUGUACAGUAGCCAAUAUGCAGCCAUUAGCCAUUAGGUCAACAGGUCGUGUUAUACUCAUGUCUGACCUACUGGCAGUGCUAAUGAAGUGGUAAAGGAGGCCUGUCCUGGGUAAUGUGUACAAUAAGUGCCUUGAAAAAAGUAUUCAUACCCCUUGAACCUUUUCACAUUUUGCCACCUUACAAACACAAACUUUAGUUUUCAAAA